AAAUGAUGAUCGACAUCCUCACAGGGCGUAUGCACGGGUGAGUCAUAACCAAGCUCGAAUGUUCCAUGUCGUUGAUUGAGACGGAUAUUAGAAUCCCGUUCUAGAUUUUGGGAUAGUUUCCGAUCAUGUCAUCGUGAGUGCUGGCCUCAACUUUCAACUAUGGACUUUGAAAUGCCCACAAGAACGUGGACCAGAGACAACUAUCUCAUAUCAACGGACCCUUCAAUCAUUCCACUCGACGCACUCAACGACAUAUUCGCCUCCGACGACUUCCACUGGGGCUUGCCACUACCUAUCGAGCACUUGCGCACGUUGGUACACAAAUCAAUAUGUUUUGCGCUUUACGAGGUCACAAACGUAUCUGCCGGAGACGAACACUCCAAUGAAUCGCAGCAACGACGCAAGUUGAUUGGCUUCGCCAGAUGGAUCACAGACAUGGUGACGGUAAACUACUUGACGGACGUGUACAUCUUGCCUGAGUAUCGCAGCAAGCACCUGGGGGCGUGGAUGAUGGAAUGUAUCGACGAAGUCUUCACGGCGAUGCCGCAUGUUCGGGGCAUGAUAUUGAUCGCAGACAGGGGUAGUCCGACAGAGGCACUUUACCGCAAGUAUCUUGCCAUGGUUGAUCUAGAGAGUCCAGGGUUUCUGAUGGAUCGAAAGGGUCGUGGUGCUGUUUCUCAAUGAGAUUAUCGUUUUCGUAUCGAUGGGUGAGAAGUUCGUCUGGCAAGCUGUACUGGGACUUGUACCAAUGAAGGUUGGAUGAGGGCAAUUGCAUGUGCCGGAGUCCGUGCCUGAAGAUGACAUCUAUCCGUACAGCAUGGUUUCCGGGCUUGGGACGUUUGAACCCCAUCAUUGGAUCUUUGGGGUAAAGAGUUUUGGUGGCCCGAAACUGCUUGCCGACGUGCCGUUCAACGAGGCUAGAUUUACGAAUGGCCAGUCACGC